AGAGAAAAAAAAAACGAGGGAAAGAACCCCAUUAGUGCGUCUAUCAGCUUCAUCCGUAAGCCCCGAUCUUUCGGCUUAUUUUCUGCAAUUAACCUAUAAGAUUCCUUCAAAGCUCGCUUUAUUUUGCUAGAUUUCGCCCAAACGAUCUCAGAUCCCUCUCUCUCUUUCUAUUGAGCCGGAAGAGUAUUGCCGCCGUGUGUAGCCGAUCAUUCUCAAUCUACAGCCUUGCAGACGAGAUCGGUCUCGGGUACUCCAAAUUCGACGCCUUUGGUUGGCUUUUCGGCGGAUCGGAAGGUAUUUUUAUUUUGAUUUGCUGGCGGUUGUGAAGUGAGGGAGGGAUUCUUCGUUUUCUAGCGUUCUCGCAGUUCGAUAGAAGUCCGCCAUGACGGGAUCGGUGGAGCGCUUCGCCAGACCUUUCGUCUUUGAUGGCAUUUCUGGUCACGAUGAGCGAAGAGAAAGAAAAUCUGAUAUUGAGAACUCGGAAGAUGAAAGGUGGGUAAAGAUUGGAUCUUUGAGGAAAAGAGCAAUAAAUGCGUCAACUAUAUUCAAGCACACUUUGAGGAAGAGCAGGAGAAAGAGCAGUAGAGUUAUUUCUGUUUCCAUUGAGGAUAUAAGGGAUAUAGAGGAGCUUCAAGCUGUUGAUGCUUUCCGCCAAUCUUUAAUUUUUGAUGAUUUGCUCCCUUCAAAACAUGAUAAUUACCAUAUGAUGUUGAGGUUUUUGAAGGCUCGUAAAUUUGAUAUCGAGAAAACAAAGCAGAUGUGGGCAGAAAUGCUUCAGUGGAGGAAGGAGUUUGGUGCCGACACUAUUAUUGAGGAUUUUGAUUAUGAAGAGUUGCCUGAAGUUUUGAAGUACUAUCCUCAUGGAUACCAUGGCGUAGACAAGGAAGGGAGGCCAGUUUACAUCGAAAGAUUGGGAAAAGUCGAACCAAACAAACUUAUGCAUGUUACAACCAUGGAAAGAUAUAUAAAAUAUCAUGUUAAAGAGUUUGAGAGGAGCUUCCAACUUAAGUUUCCAGCCUGUUCUAUUGCUGUAAAAAGGCAUAUUGAUUCUAGCACAACUAUUCUAGAUGUUCAGGGUGUGGGGCUGAAAAAUUUCAGCAAGACUGCAAGGGAGUUAAUUCAGAGGUUGCAGAAAAUUGACAGUGACAAUUACCCUGAGACUUUAUGCCGCAUGUUUAUCAUUAAUGCUGGUCCAGGUUUUAGAUUGCUAUGGAACAGCGUAAAAUCGUUCCUAGAUCCCAAAACUACUUCGAAGAUACAUGUUAUUGGUGCCAAGUACCAGGGUAAACUUUUUGAAAUAAUUGAUGCCAGUGAGCUGCCAGAAUUUUUUGGUGGCACAUGUACCUGUUCUGAUGUGGGAGGAUGCCUGAAAGCAGAGAGGGGGCCAUGGAAGGAUCCAAAUAUUGUGAAGAUGGUUCUUAGUGGAGAAGCCCAAUAUACCAGGCAAAUUGUUACUGUUUCUAAAGGAGAGGGAAAUAUUAUUGCUUAUGCUAAGCCAAAAUAUCCAUUGGCGAAAGGUAGUGAUACCUCCACCGCAGAAUCUAGCUCAGAAGCAGAUGAUAUUACUUCGCCUAAAACAGUUAUGAGCUAUGCGCAGUAUCAGUGCUUAACUCCUGUGCGAGAAGAGUCAAAAAUUGUUGGGAAGAGCAUCCUGGAAUCCUCAGAGCCUGAACGUGUACUGGUAGUUGACAAAGCCAUGGAUGCAGAAUGGAAGAAAGAGAGCCCGAGCAGCACAAAAUACGAAUCAAAAGGUUCUUCAACUCUCUUGGUUGAUAUGAAGAAUUAUUCUGAAGGAAUUAGAAAGCAGUUCUUUGCAUAUAUUAUGGCAUUAUUUACAUUAUUCUAUACGUUCAUCAGCCGUGUAGCGAAGCAGCCUCAGGAAGAAACUCCUGAGUCAGAUUGGCAUGAUGCUGCAUUAUUUCGUGAGUCAACCUCUAAGGAGAAGUCGCAGCCUUCGUCACCCGAUCCUGGAUUCAAGGAUGCCGACCUCCUUUCAUCUGUUUUGAAGAAGCUCGGCGAAUUGGAAGAAAAGAUCAGUGUUCUUCAAUCGAAACCAUUGGUGAUGCCUCGCGAGAAGGAAGAGCUACUCAACGCUGCAGUCUACCGCGUCGAUGCGUUAGAAGCUGAACUUAUUGCUACAAAACAGGCUUUGCAUCAAGCUCUCAUGAGGCAAGAUGAGCUGUUGGCAUACAUUGAUUUUCAGCAAGAGGCUAAAUUCCGGAAGAGGAAGUUCUGCUUUUGAUCUCUUGAUUAUUUGUUUGAGGGAAAAUGAUUUCUUACAGAAGAUGAUGAUGAAAUAGGCUUUAAGAAGGAGAUGCAAGAGAUAUUGAAGGAGAGAUAUUUGUCUCCCAUCAUAUUCUCUAUUUUAUUUCACUCACUUAUUGUACAAAAUAAAAAAAAGAGUGGUUUUCAUGCAAAACAUCUAAAAAUUUUGAAU